AUGGCAGCCACAUACUCUUCAGCCUCGGCCGCUGCGACCACUCCACGCAAUGCAGCCUACGUACCGCCUGCACGCCAUAGCGCCCAACCUGCCGGCACGUUUUUGCCGGGAACAAAGGUCCAGGUCGGAAAUGUGAGAGUAGUUAUUGAGAAAUAUCUCUCUGAAGGCGGUUUUGCGCAUGUCUAUGUGGUACGCAUACCGCGUGAUAACCACAAGUAUGAGCUCGCCGUGCUCAAGCGUGUAGCGGUACCGGACCGUGAGCACCUGGCCAACAUGAGGACCGAGGUUGAGACGAUGAAGAAGUUGAAAGGCCAUAAGCAUGUGGUUACCUACAUGGACUCGCAUGCAAGCCAGUUGAAAGGCGGAGGCUACGAGGUGUUCCUCUUGAUGGAGUACUGUAGCGGCGGUGGUCUGAUUGACUUCAUGAACACUCGUUUGCAGCACCGACUAACUGAGCCGGAGAUUCUGAAGAUAUUUGGGGACGUGGCAGAGGGUGUGGCAUGCAUGCACUACCUGAAGCCUCCUUUACUGCACCGUGACCUGAAGGUGGAGAACGUGUUAAUCGCGAAGUCUGCGAGCGCUGGCACGCCGACUUACAAGGUGUGCGAUUUUGGCAGUGCAGCAUCGCCCAGACCAGCUGCUAAGACGGCCGAAGAAGGUAGGUUGAUUGAGGAGGAUGUCCAGAAGCACACUACUAUGCAGUAUCGCAGUCCCGAGAUGAUCGAUGUGUGGCGAAAGCAACCGAUCGAUGAGAAGGCAGACAUCUGGGCAUUAGGCGUGCUACUGUACAAGCUUUGCUACUACACAACGCCUUUCGAGGACGUAGGCCAGAUGGCAAUCUUGAAUGCCAGCUACAAGUACCCCAGCUAUCCAAGCUUUUCUGAUCGGCUUAAGAAGUUGAUCGCAUGGACGCUGAAAGAAGAUCCAACAAAGCGGCCUAACAUUUACCAGCUGAUAAAGGAGGUCUGCAAUAUGCGCGGCACUGAAGUGCCAAUCAAGGAUAUCUACGCCGAGCGCACGCAGUCAGAAGCAAGGCGAAACCAGUCAUUACCCUCUCCAGAUCCACCAAUAUCUUCUCCGCCGGUCGGAUUGCAGAAAGCGACGCCUAAGGUGGAGAAGCAGAGCGUUCCAGACAUCGCGCCCAUGCGGCGAGGGAGGUUACCCGGCUCUGCACAGCAAGCAGGCACCGCCCCGAAACCUAGUCCGUCCCCUUCUAGAGGUGAUCCAUUCGCUGCGCUGGAUUCGAAGACAUACGAAGUGCGUGCCGGCGCUGUCGAUGAGUUGUCGAAACGCUUUCCGUCGCUUGACGAGUUCUCCAUCGCAGUUGACAAGGGCGGCAAGGUCGCCUUCCCGCCGACCGCGCCGAACGUUAUGAAAGGUCCGGAACACCUCAGCGAGCGCGUCACCAACGCUCUGGCAGACCAAGCCUUUAGUCAAAGCAAGCCAACGGCGGAUAUGCCGAAAGCGCAAAGCACUGCUCAGCUUGGAGCUAAAGCAGCACCUAAGGCGGCAAGCGUUUUGUCUGCCAAAGGCGAUAGGCUUGCGCACAAGCCAACACUCGUGCAUCAGCCAACGCCAGUACGACCGGGCGAUGUCAGAUAUACCUCCACAGGCGUCGGGUCGUCUCCACCACCUUUCCCGAAACCUGCCAACGUGGAUAUCAAUCACCGGCCUGUUUGGCGGGUACCAGAUAUAGGGGAGCCAUCUAUUGGCCGAGCCAAGUCCGCGCAGGCACGACAACGUCCAUCAAGCGUGUACGUCAGUUCCAAUCUCGACUUUUUGCGUGAUCAGGAGUCAUCGCGCAGUAAGCGCCCGUCUCUGGAGUUGAGCAGGCGACAGAGUAGGCAAGAGUCGCAAGACCAGACUCAGGACGUUACCGAUGACGCGCCCAUCGAGAAUGACAUGGACUACCUUCGCGUCAGCGAAGAUAGCGACAUUGCUAGGACACAAUCGCAGCACCGGAAGGCCAGCUCUGGACACAAAAAGCGGGUCAGCUUGCCGCAAAUACCAGGUGCGAAGAGUAUUUUCUCCGGACGGCUGGGAGAUGCAUUCAAGAGGUUUGAAAGAAGUGAUAAGGGGGAGACCAAUGACCUCUCUACAAUGCCACAGCCACAGGGAGAUGAAGGCGAGACAGCGGUGCUAUCCCCUAUUGAAAGCUCUGAGACCACACCAAGAAAGCUAACAGAUGACACUGACUUGGCACUCGACGAGUCCCAAGAGUUACCACCUGAUGUUCGACGAGAGCUAGAGCGGCGACGCCUUAGUCAGGAGGAAAAGCGUGUUGCUGAAGCUGCCGCUGAACACCGCGCUCGUGUUGCCGCGCAAGGAACCGGCGGUGCAGUUGUGCCAACACGUGCAAGUACGAUUCAGAAGCGAGUGCAAAGCUUGCUUGACGAAGGACGUCAGUCGCCAGUGCCAAAGAAGACCGCAGAAGGCUACGGCAAGUACACUGAGCAGGACUCGGAACAU